GUUUUAUCGUCACUAUUGUCACCCACGUGGUACACAUCAAGUUUCAAGACAGAAGAUGUUUCCCCUGACAAGAUGCUCUCGCUGGUUGCUCUCCAGACAGCCCCAGGUCAUCUCAGCAGCUGGCUCUGUCAGAGGUCCCCGGAAACUCAGCGGGAGUGCUGUGGCCAUGGCUCCCAUUGAGAGGGUGACUGUGAUUGGCAGUGGACUCAUGGGGUCUGGGAUAGCACAGGUAGCGGCUCAGACGGGACACGGUGUGCAGCUAGUGGAUGUGAGUCAAGAUGUCCUCUCUGUGGCUAGCAAGAGAAUUGAGAGCAGUCUGGCCAGGGUGGCCAAGAAAAAAUUCGCUGAAGACCCUCAGGCUGGCGUGGAUUUUGUCAAAACCACUCUGGGCCGAAUCCAGUUCACAGUUGAUGCAGUAGAGGCGGCCAAGUCAUGUGACCUAGUGAUAGAGGCGAUUGUGGAGAACGUAGGGGUUAAACAGAAACUGUUCUCGGAACUAGACAAGGCUGCUCCAAGCUCCACCAUCUUCACAAGCAACACAUCCUCUCUCUCCAUCACUGAGAUAGCCAGCUCCACCGACCGUAGAGACAGGUUUGGAGGACUCCACUUCUUCAACCCUGUACCAGUCAUGAAACUUCUGGAGGUGAUUCGUAUUGAUGAGACGAGUGAUGCUACAUUCGAUGCUCUCAUGAAGUUUGGAAAGGCCAUGAAAAAGACCACCGUCUCAUGCAAGGACACCCCUGGUUUCAUUGUGAACAGACUGCUGGUGCCCUACCUGGCUGAGGCUGUCAGACUGUUAGAGAGAGGUGAAGCCAGUGCUCAGGACAUAGACACGGCCAUGAAGUUGGGAGCUGGCCAUCCCAUGGGACCAUUUGAACUACUUGACUACGUCGGCUUGGACACCACAAAGUUCAUUCUGGAAGGAUGGUCCGAGCGUUUCCCUGACAACCCGCUGUUUAAACCUACUGAGCAUGUUAACCAGCUAGUGGAGGCAGGAAAGAUUGGCAUGAAGAGUGGAGAAGGCUUCUAUUCUUACAAAAAGAGUUAACAAUUUAGUGAACCGUAUAUUGAAGUGUAUCAUGCUUUGUUUGUACAUGCAGUACUUGAUAGGGUGUGUAUUUUCAUUGAACGUUACUAUCAAGUCA